GCACGACGGGGACGCCGCGAGGGAGGAACGGGGUGGGCGCGGGUCCGGCCUCCCCAUCACGUGGCGCCGCCGGGCCGAAGCGCAGGGGUCGCAGGCAGCCCCCGCCCCGGGCAAAGGGAGGCCGGCGCGCCACGGGGUCCCCACCCCCACCUGACCGUCGACUCUGAGUGAAUCGCAAGCGGCGGGAACCCAGCGUGCGGCCUGGAGCCGGCGCCAGCCUCUGUGAAUCGCGGUGUGGGGGGAAGGCGGCCACCUCCCUGCCGGGACGGCCCGGGGACUCCGCAGCUUGAGGGAGGCCGCAGUGCCCAGGGGCGGCGUGCGCAUCCAGCCCCGGGGCCUCGUGCAAGUGGCCAGGCCGGCCCUCUCCCCGCGGGCUGCACCAGCCCCAUGCUGGAUCCGGAGCCGGCAGCCUGGGCCCCGGUUCGAGGUCGUAGGGACCUGGGCCCCAGGGAGGGCCUGCUGCUGUCUGGGUCAGUAUGGGGAGGCAAGCAAGUGUCGCAUGUUCACCCGCACAGGUGAGGGGUGCCAGGGAACACCAUCCUGGCCAGGAGCGGUUCUCCGGGUUAGACCCUGCUUGAGGGGUUGGACGGGCUGGGUCGGUCCUCAGUGGGGCAGGGGCCAUCUUUCCCCCGGAGCACAAGCCUAUCCCUGCUUCGUCCCUGGCGACUCCUGGGCUGGCCUGGACAGUGGGCCUCCAACCCUAUGUGGGUGGACAUGGGUGCUGAGUACCCGCUCUAGGGUUCCCUACCACCUCCAUGAGCCCUCCAGUCCCUUUCCCAGCCCCGGCUUUGGGACCGUGCCUCAGGCUGGCCAUCUGAGUCAUCUCGGGCAGCCCUGCCUGCUCCUCACUGUGAGCCCCCGGGUGCCCCUAGGGAUGGCCUGGGACAAGCUGCAGGAGCCUUUGAGGGCUGAGGCUCGGCUGGGGGGAAGCCAGCACAGGUGCAGAAACCUCAGACUGCUGGGGAGGUCAGGGCCACAGUGGGGUCCCCAGGCCAAUACCCCACAUUGAAUGGGUCAGGGCCUAGAGGUGGGCCUGUUCCCAGAGCAUGCAGCGCCUCCCAGUGACAGUGGGGCCAGGGCUUGCGCGGAUCCUGAGGCUAGCUCACCCCAUGGGUGGCCACCCGUUCCGUGUGCUGAGGCUGCUGGCAGGGGUGUCUCGGGCAGAACACGUGCGGCACUCACACCUCCACUCUGCAGAGCAACCAUGGAGGAAGUGGUGAUCGCUGGGAUGUCCGGGAAGUUGCCGGAGUCGGAGAACCUGCAGGAGUUCUGGGACAACCUCAUCGGCGGUGUGGACAUGGUCACGGACGAUGACCGUCGCUGGAAGGCGGGGCUCUACGGCCUGCCCCGGCGGUCCGGCAAGCUGAAGGACCUGUCUAGGUUCGAUGCCUCCUUCUUUGGGGUCCACCCCAAGCAGGCACACACGAUGGACCCCCAGCUGCGGCUGCUGCUGGAAGUCACCUACGAGGCCAUCGUGGACGGAGGCAUCAACCCAGCUUCACUCCGAGGGACACACACUGGCAUCUGGGUGGGCGUGAGUGGCUCUGAGGCCUCGGAGGCCCUGAGCCGAGACCCUGAGACGCUCUUAGGCUACAGCAUGGUGGGCUGCCAGCGGGCCAUGAUGGCCAACCGGCUCUCCUUCUUCUUCGACUUCAAAGGGCCCAGCAUCACCCUGGACACAGCCUGCUCCUCCAGCCUGCUGGCCCUGCAGAACGCCUAUGAGGCCAUUCGCAGUGGAGUGUGUCCCGCUGCCAUCGUGGGAGGCAUCAACAUCCUCCUGAAGCCCAACACGUCCGUGCAGUUCAUGCGGCUGGGCAUGCUCAGCCCUGAGGGCGCCUGCAAGGCCUUCGACGAAGCAGGGAACGGGUACUGCCGCUCGGAGGCUGUGGUGGCCGUCUUGCUGACCAAGAAGUCCCUGGCCCGGCGGGUGUAUGCCACCAUCCUGAAUGCUGGCACCAAUACAGAUGGCUGCAAGGAGCAAGGUGUGACCUUCCCCUCUGGAGAGGUCCAGGAGGAGCUUAUCCGCUCCUUGUAUCAGCCGGCCGGGGUGGCCCCUGAGUCACUGGAGUACAUUGAAGCCCAUGGCACGGGCACCAAGGUGGGGGACCCCCAGGAGCUGAAUGGCAUCGUCCAGGCCCUGUGUACCACCCGCCAGGAGCCACUGCUAAUCGGCUCCACCAAGUCCAACAUGGGGCACCCAGAGCCAGCCUCAGGGCUGGCAGCCCUGGCCAAGGUGCUGCUGUCCCUGGAGCACGGGCUGUGGGCCCCCAACCUGCACUUCCACAACCCCAACCCUGAGAUCCCAGCACUGCUGGACGGGCGGCUACAAGUGGUGGAUCAGCCCCUGCCCGUCCGUGGCGGCAACGUGGGCAUCAACUCCUUCGGCUUUGGGGGUUCCAAUGUACAUGUCAUCCUGAAGCCCAACACACAGCCGCCCCCGGCACCUGCACCACACACCACCCUGCCCCAUCUGCUGCGGGCCAGCGGACGCACCCCCGAGGCUGUGCAGGAGCUGCUGGAGCAGGGCCUCCAGCACAGCCAGGACCUGGCCUUCCUGAGCAUGCUGAACGACAUUGCAGCUGUCCCCACCGCUGCCAUGCCCUUCCGUGGCUACGCCGUCCUGGGUGGCAAGAGCAGUGGCCCAGAGGUGCAGCAGGUGCCCACUGGCGAGCGCCCGCUCUGGUUCAUCUGCUCUGGGAUGGGCACGCAGUGGCGUGGGAUGGGGCUGAGCCUCAUGCGCCUGAGCGUCUUCCGAGACUCCAUCAUGCGCUCCGACGAGGCCGUGAAGUCACUUGGCCUGAAGGUGUCACAGCUGCUGCUGAGCACGGAGGAGAGCACCUUUGACGACCCCGUCCAUUCCUUUGUGAGCCUGACCGCCAUCCAGAUAGGCCUCAUAGACCUGCUGAGCUGCAUGGGGCUGAAGCCAGAUGGCAUCAUCGGCCACUCCCUGGGGGAAGUGGCCUGUGGCUACGCAGAUGGCUGCUUGUCCCAGGAGGAAGCUGUCCUCUCUGCCUACUGGAGAGGGCAGUGCAUUAAAGAAGCCAACAUCCCGAAAGGCGUCAUGGCAGCCGUGGGCUUGUCCUGGGAGGAGUGUAAGCAGCGCUGUCCCCCGGGUGUGGUGCCCGCCUGCCACAACUCUAAGGAGACGGUGACCAUCUCAGGACCUCAGGGCCCGGUACGCGAGUUCGUGGAACAGCUGAAGCAGGAGGGCGUGUUUGCCAAGGAGGUGCAGACGGGCGGCAUAGCUUUCCACUCCUACUUCAUGGAGGGCAUCGCACCCCUCCUGCUGCAGGAGCUCAAGAAGGUGAUCCGGGAGCCGAAGCCACGCUCGGCCCGCUGGCUCAGCACCUCCAUCCCCGAGGCCCAGUGGCACACCAGCCUGGCACUCACGUGCUCCCCCGAGUACAGCGUCAACAACCUGGUGAGCCCCGUGCUGUUCCAGGAGGCCCUGUGGCACGUGCCUGAGCACGCGGUGGUGCUGGAGAUUGCGCCCCAUGCCCUGCUGCAGGCUGUCUUGAAGCGUGGCCUGAAGCCAAGCUGCACCAUCAUCCCCCUGAUGAGGAAGGACCACAGGGACAACCUGGAGCUGUUCCUCGCCGGCGUCGGCAAGCUGCAUCUCUCAGGCAUCGAUGCCAACCCCAAUGCCUUGUUCCCACCGGUGGAGUUCCCGGUUCCCCGAGGAACGCCCCUCAUCUCCCCGCUCAUCAAGUGGGACCACAGCCUGGCCUGGGACGUGCCAGCCGCCAAGGACUUCCCCAACAGCUCUGGUUCCCCAUCAGCCUCUGUCUACACCAUCGACACCAGCCCUGAGUCUCCUGACCGCUACCUGGUGGACCACUGCAUCGAUGGCCGUAUCAUCUUCCCUGCCACUGGCUACCUGUGCCUCGUGUGGAAGACACUGGCCCGUGCCCUGGGCCUGGCCAUGGAGCAGCUGCCCGUGGUGUUUGAGGAGGUGGUGGUGCACCAGGCCACCAUCCUGCCCAAGACCGGGACCAUGUCCCUGGAGGUACGGCUCCUGGAGGCCUCCCACACCUUCGAAGUGUCACAGAGUGGCCACUUGUUAGUGAGUGGGAAGGUGCAUCAGUGGGAGGACCCUGACCCGAGGCUCUUUGACCACCCGGAAAGCCCCACCCCCAGCCCCGAAGAGCCAUUCUUGUCCCAGGCUGAAGUGUACAGGGACCUGCGUCUGCAUGGCUACGACUACGGCCCUCACUUCCAGGGCAUCCUGGAGGCCAGCCUGGACGGCAACUCGGGUAAGCUGUUAUGGAAAGACAACUGGGUGUCCUUCCUGGACACCAUGCUGCAGAUAUCCAUCCUGAGCGUAAGCCAGGACAGCCUGUUGCUGCCCACCCGCAUCACUGCCAUCCACAUCGAUCCUGCCACCCACAGGCAGAAGCUGUACACAGAGCAGGACGAGGCCCAAGUGGCUGACGUGGUGGUGAGCAGGUACCUGAAGACCACAGUGGCCGGAGGCGUCCAUGUCUUCCUGCUCCACACUUCGGCGGCCCCGCGGCGACAGCAGGAACAUCAGGCGCCCAUCCUGGAGAAGUUUUGUUUCACGCCCCAUGUGGAGGAUGGGUGCCUGUCUGGGAACGCUGCUCUGAAGGAGGAGCUGCAGCUGUGCAAGGGACUGGUGCAGGCGCUGCAGACUAAGGUGACCCAGCAGGGGCUGAAGAUGGCAGUGCCCGGACUGGAUGGGGCCCAGGUCCCCCAGGACUCCCUGCAGCAGGCACUGCCCCAGCUGCUGUCAGCCGCUUGCGGGCUUCAGCUCAACGGGAACCUACAGCUGGAGCUGGCACAGCUGCUGGCCCAGAAGAGGUCUGAGCUGCCAGAGGACCCUCUGCUCAGCGGCCUCCUGGACUCCCCAGCGCUCAAGGCCUGUGUGGACACUGCCCUGGAGAACAUGCCCAGCCUGAAGAUGAAGGUGGUGGAGGUGCUGGCUGGCCAUGGUCACCUGUAUUCCCGCAUCCCAGGCAUGCUCAACAUGCAGCCCCUGCUGCAGCUGAGCUACACGGCCACUGACCGCCACCCUCAGGCCCUGGAGGCUGCCCAGGCCAAGCUGCAGCAGCAUGACAUUGCCCAGGGCCAGUGGGACCCCUUGGACCCUGCCCCCAGCACCCUGGGCAGCACUGACCUCUUGGUGUGCAACUGUGCAGUGGCAGCCCUUGGGGACCCAGCCUUAGCCCUUGGCAACAUGGUGGCUUCCCUGAGAGAGGGGGGCUUUCUCUUGCUGCACACGCUGCUCCAGGGGCACCCCCUUGGGGAGACCGUGGCCUUCCUCACCUCCGCUGAGCCGCAGUACGCCCAGGGCAUCCUCAGCCAGGACGCAUGGGAGAGCCUCUUUGCCAAGAUGUCGCUGCGCUUGGUGGGCCUGAAGAAAUCCUUCUACGGCUCCGUACUUUUCCUGUGCCGCCGGCCCGCCCCACAGGACAGCCCCAUCUUCCUGCCGGUGGAGGACACCAGCUUCCACUGGGUGGACUCUCUGAAGGGCAUCCUGGCCGACUCCUCCUCCCGACCCGUGUGGCUGAAGGCUGUCAACUGCACCACGUCUGGCGUGGUGGGCUUGGUGAACUGUCUCCGCCAAGAGCCCGGCGGGCACCGUAUCCGGUGCCUGCUACUGUCCAACCUCAGUAGCACCUCCCGUGUCCCGGAUGUGGACCCUGGCUCCGCAGAACUGCAGAAGGUGCUGCAGGGAGACCUGGUGAUGAACGUCUACCGCGACGGGGCCUGGGGGACCUUCUGCCACUUCCCGCUGGAGCAAGACAAGCCCGAGGAGCUGACGGCACACGCCUACGUGAUGGUCCUCACCCGGGGUGACCUGUCCUCCAUCCGCUGGGUCUGCUCCUCGCUACGCCAUGCCCAGCCCGCCAGCCCUGGUGCCCAGCUCUGUACAGUCUACUACGCCUCCCUCAACUUCCGCGACAUCAUGCUGGCCACUGGCAAGCUGUCCCCUGAUGCCAUCCCAGGGAAUUGGGCCACCAAGGACUGCUUGCUGGGUAUGGAAUUCUCAGGCCGGGACCCCAGCGGCAAGCGUGUGAUGGGGCUGGUGCCCGCCGAGGGCCUGGCCACCUCUGUCCUGCUGUCACCAGACUUCCUCUGGGAUGUGCCCUCCCACUGGACGCUGGAGGAGGCAGCCUCAGUGCCCGUCGUCUACACCACAGCUUAUUACGCACUGGUAGUGCGCGGGCGGGUCCAGCGCGGGGAGACGGUGCUCAUCCACUCAGGCUCGGGUGGCGUGGGCCAGGCCGCCAUUGCCAUCGCCCUCAGUCUGGGCUGCCGCGUCUUCACCACCGUGGGGUCGGCCGAGAAGCGGGCGUAUCUCCAGGCCAGAUUCCCCCAACUUGACAGCACCAGCUUCGCCAACUCAAGGGACACAUCAUUCGAGAAGCACGUGAUGCAGCACACGGGCGGGAAGGGCGUUGACCUGGUCCUGAACUCCUUGGCGGAAGAGAAGCUGCAAGCCAGCGUGAGGUGCUUGGCUCAGCACGGCCGCUUCCUGGAAAUUGGCAAAUUUGACCUUUCUAACAAUCACCCGCUUGGCAUGGCCAUCUUCUUGAAGAACGUGACCUUCCACGGGAUUCUUCUGGACGCACUCUUCGAUGACGCCAGUGCUGCCUGGCAGGAGGUGUCGGCGCUUCUGCAGGCUGGCAUCCGUGAUGGCGUGGUGCAGCCCCUCAAGUGCACCAUGUUCCCCAGGACCCAGGUGGAGGACGCUUUCCGCUACAUGGCCCAGGGGAAGCACAUUGGCAAAGUUGUCGUGCAGGUGCGUGCGGAGGAGCCGGAGGCUGUGCUGAAGGGGGCCAAACCCACACUGAUGGCGGCCGUCUCCAAGACCUUCUGCCCGCCCCACAAGAGCUACGUCAUUGCUGGUGGCCUGGGUGGCUUCGGCCUGGAGCUGGCCCAGUGGCUGAUAAAGCGCGGAGCCCAGAAGCUGGUGCUGACCGCUCGCUCCGGGAUCCGGACAGGUUACCAGGCCAAGAAGGUCCGAGAGUGGAGGCAUCUGGGCGUGCAGGUGCAGGUGUCUACCAGCAACGCCAGCUCACUGGAGGGGGCCCAGGGCCUCAUCGCCGAGGCUGCGCAGCUCGGGCCCGUGGGUGGCAUCUUCAACCUGGCUAUGGUCUUGAGAGACGCCUUGCUGCAGAACCAGAGCCCGGAGUCCUUCCAGGACGUCAGCCAGCCUAAAUACAACAGCACCCUGAACCUGGACAGGGUGACCCGGGAGGCGUGUCCAGAGCUAGACUACUUCGUGGUUUUCUCCUCUGUGAGCUGUGGGCGUGGCAACGCCGGACAGACCAAUUACGGCUUUGCCAACUCCGCCAUGGAGCGCAUCUGCGAGAAACGCCGGCACGACGGCCUCCCAGGCCUGGCCGUGCAAUGGGGCGCCAUUGGCGACGUGGGCGUCGUGAUGGAGACAAGAGGCACCAACAACACGGUCAUCGGGGGCACACUGCCCCAGCGCAUGGUCUCCUGCCUGGAGGUGCUAGACCUCUUUCUGAACCAGCCCCAUGCCGUCCUGAGCAGCUUCGUGCUGGCUGAGAAGGCUUCAGCCUACAAGGAUGGGGACAGCCAGCGGGACCUGGUGAAGGCCGUGGCACAUAUCCUGGGCAUCCGCGACUUGGCUGGCAUCAACCUGGACAGCUCCCUGGCGGACCUGGGCCUGGACUCUCUCAUGGGCGUGGAGGUGCGCCAGACGCUGGAGCGCGAACACGACCUGGUGCUGUCUAUGCGUGAAGUGCGGCAGCUCACGCUCCGGAAGCUGCAGGAGCUGUCUUCGAAGGCAGAGCUGGCGUCCCCCACGCCCAAGAACAGCCCGGCCCAGCAGCAGAGCCAGCUGAACCUGCGCUCCCUGCUGGUGAACCCCGAGGGUCCCACCCUGACACGGCUCAACUCGGUGCAGAGCUCCGAGCGGCCCCUGUUCCUGGUGCACCCAAUCGAGGGCUCCACCACUGUGUUCCACAGCCUGGCCUCCGGGCUCAGCAUCCCCACCUAUGGCCUGCAGUGCACCCGAGCUGCCCCCCUCGACAGCAUCCACAGCCUGGCAGCCUACUAUGUCGACUGCAUCAGGCAGGUGCAGCCCGAGGGCCCCUACCGCGUGGCUGGCUACUCCUAUGGGGCCUGCGUGGCCUUUGAGAUGUGUUCCCAGCUGCAGGCCCAGCAGAGCCCAGCCCCUACCAACAACAGCCUCUUCCUAUUUGAUGGCUCACCCACCUACGUGCUGGCCUACACCCAGAGCUACCGGGCAAAGCUGACACCAGGCUGCGAGGCUGAGGCCGAGACAGAGGCCAUGCGCUUCUUCGUGCAGCAAUUCACGGACGCGGAGCACAGCAGGGUGCUGGAGGAGCUGCUGCCGCUGAAGAGCCUGGAAGAGCGCGUGGCAGCCGCCGUGGACCUGAUCACCAAGAGCCACCAGGGCCUUGACCGCCAGGAGCUGAGCUUCGCGGCCCUGUCCUUUUACCACAAGCUGCGUGCUGCUGAGCAGUACACACCCAAGGCCAAGUACCAUGGCAACGUGACGCUGCUGCGCGCCAAGACGAGCAGCUCCUACAGUGAAGACCUGGGCGCGGACUACAACCUCUCCCAGGUGUGCGACGGGAAGGUGUCUGUCCACAUCAUUGAGGGCGACCACCGCACACUGCUGGAGGGCCGUGGCCUGGAGUCCAUCAUCAGCAUCAUCCACAGCUCCCUGGCUGAGCCACGUGUGAGCGUGCGGGAGGGCUAGGUCCCACCCCCGCCUGCCCCCGGAGACUGCUCCGCCAUUCCCCUCACCGCUGUGCAGCGGGGCUGGAAGGGUCCUGCCGGUGGGACCCUACUGGGCCCAGUGCCACUGCCCCCCGAGGCCACUAGACAUAGGCGUUAGGCUUGUCCCGCCUGCCCGCUGCCUCCCAGGGCACCUCGGGGAUGCCAGAGCCGCCGACUUGGAGACUCCUGGUCUGUGAAGAGCCGGCAAAACCCGCAAGAACUGGGCUGGUGCACCUGUGGGGUUCGCGCUUGGUCUUUCUCCUCUUGGAUUUGCAUAUUUAUUGCAUUGCUGGUAGAGACCCCCAGGCCUGUGCACCCUGCAAAGACUCCUCAGGCAGCAUGCGGGUCCUGCACAUUGCUUCCAUUUCCCCAUGUCUCCUGCGGGCAUGGGUGGCCACCCAGGCCUGCUGGCUGCGGCCCCCUCUGGGCCAGGCCUGGCUCGACCCACUCCGUGGGAGGUCACCAAGGAGCCGGAGGUCCCAGCUCCGGCCCACUGUGUCCAGCUGCACCCAUGAUGCAGGGCUGGCUCCAACCCUGCGGACCGCGCCGGGCACCAACUCACUGUUUGUCUGUGUUUGUUUUUCAAGAAAUGAUUCAAAUUGCUGCUCAGAUUUUGAAAUUACUAUAACUGUCAGUGUACACGUCUGGACCCCGUUUCAUUUUUACACCAAUUUGGUAAAUAUGCUGUUCUCCUCAGCCUCCCCACAAUUAAACCGCACGUCAUCUCUG